AUGCCCUACGAAUCGGACUCGCACCUCCCGAGGCACGCUCCUGUGUACUAUGACGGCAACAACCCCUCCACCUCUUCCCAGACGCAGUAUUACCGUUCAGCUCCUCGGCCGAUACAGCAGCCCCCGAUGGCCCGCGUCUCUCCGACCCUUCGAAGUCCCUCUGUACCGCACGGGUUAGACCCCGUGAGAUUGCAAACGUCAAUAUCAAGUGGAGAGUCCGGGUCAACCCUCGGGGCCGAGUACAAGCAAUAUCCCACAUACAAACAUUUCCAGUACGGUCCUCAAGUGGAGCGGGGCAUCAUAGAAGAGUCGAUACACCGGCAAUCUCGCGCGGGGUCGCAGCAUUCAGGAAAUCGACCAAAUGAAAGCCACCAUGGCGGAGCCCCGGUGGUCGAAGACAACUCGGCGAUCUUUCAAUAUAUCCAAGAGAAGUCACUAGAGGCCGAAGAAGAGCAAGAAGAUGAUCAUGCUCUGUGGAUUCUGUUGUGGAUGUCUUUUCUCGACCCGUUCCACUGUUUAUUCAGUGCGCUCUACUCCAUCUUCGCCGCCGUCCUCAUUACCAUCCUCGCACCUCUACGCUUAUGCAGACAGGACUGCUCUCCCAGCAUAUCCCUCGUCCGACUCGUGGCGCCAUUAUUUCGAAAUCACCUUCAGCUGAUCUACGCCAAAUCAUUAGACCAUGCUCAUACCUUUGAGUUUAGUCCAUUUUGCCUUGUACUCAUACACGCUGUGUCGCCUGUUAUCAGCAUCGGCAACGCAGUCGCUGCGUGGAUCGUGGCAGUAUUCUGGGUCUUCGCAAUCAUCAUGGGAAAUCCAGAUGGGACCGAGAAACGAGAUGAUGGACGAGCUACGGUUCUUCUCUUGAGGGACUGGUGGGAGAAAUGCUUACUGUUUGCGAUACGGAAGUAA